GCUCGGAUCGUGGCCCCGGCCCGGCUGGCCAUGCUGGGGAUCCGCCGCGACCGGCUGCUUCUCCUGCUGCUGCUCGCGGCGCUGCUGAGCGCCGACGUCUACUUCCACCUCUGGCCCCAAGUGCGGCAGCGGCUGGCCGGCGACGAAGCGGGCCAGGCGGGGGGCUGCUCCUGCCCGGUAGAAGCCGCUGCGGGCUCCCGCCUCCAGCCGCCGCCGCCGCCGCCAGGCAGCACGGAGAAGAACCGGGCGGAGGAAAGCAGCCCGGCUUGCGGCUCCAAGCUGAGGAGGCUCUUCGCACACCCCCUCUACAGCGCCCCCCAGCGGUCGGCCGAGAUGCUGCUCAGCAGGCAGGAGACGCUGCGCUAUUACCGCCGGAAAGUAGCCCGCUGGAACAGGAGACACAAAAUUUACAGAGAGGAGCGCAACCUCACCUUGGACUCACUGAUACAGCUCAAACAGGAAGCAAGCUGGCUGCAGUUCCACCUGGGAAUCAAUCGCAAUGCAUUGUACCCACAGUCCAGCCCUGCUGUUGACCAGCUUCUCCAGGACAUGCCACAUUUCAGCACCAUUAGCGCUGAUUACAGUCAGGACGAGAAAGCGUUGCUAGGUGUUUGUGACUGCACACAAAUCGUAAAACCCAGUGGAGUGCAUUUGAAAAUUGUUCUACGGUUUCAGGACUUUGGGAAAGCUAUGUUCAAGCCUAUGAGACAGAAACGAGGAGAGGAGACUCCAGAAGACUUUUUCUAUUUUGUUGACUUUCAGAGACACAAUGCAGAAAUAGCUGCUUUCCACCUUGACAGAAUACUGGAUUUCCGUCGUGUCCCUCCAGUGGUGGGGAGAUUGAUUAACAUUACAAAGGAAAUUUUAGAGGUUACUAAGAAUGAAAUCUUACAAAGUGUCUUUUUUGUUUCACCUGCUAGCAAUGUGUGUUUCUUUGCCAAGUGUCCUUACAUGUGCAAGACAGAAUAUGCUGUAUGUGGGAACCCUCAUCUGCUUGAAGGAUCUCUUUCUGCUUUCCUGCCAUCCCUCAACCUGGCUCCAAGAAUCUCCAUCCCAAACCCAUGGAUCCGAUCCUACACCUUUGCUGGAAAAGAGGAAUGGGAAGUGAAUCCACUUUAUUGCAACACAGUGAAGGAGGUUUACCCUUAUAGCAGCGGCAGCCGGCUACUCAAUAUCAUUGACAUGGCAGUAUUUGACUUCUUAAUAGGCAACAUGGACCGUCAUCAUUAUGAGAUGUUCACAAAGUUUGGGGAUGAUGGCUUUUUGCUUCACCUAGACAACGCAAGAGGAUUUGGGAAACACUCCCAUGAUGAAAUCUCCAUACUGGCUCCGCUCAUACAGUGCUGCCUAAUAAAGAAGACAACAUUAUUACGGCUGCAGCUCUUAGCUCUGCCAGACUACCGACUCAGUGAUGUUAUGCGGGAAUCUUUGCUUCAGGACCGCCUCACUCCUGUGCUCACAGAACCACAUCUUCUGGCACUGGAUAGGAGGUUACAGAUAAUCCUGAAGACUGUGAAGAAAUGCAUAGAGACCAAUGGAGAAGACCUAGUUGUAGCUAACUUUGAGCCUUUAGAGCCACCUGCAUUUGACAGAACAUGAUGAUCACGUUUGAAACCCAAGCAGAAACAGGGACACGAACUUUGUUGAUUAUUCUCAUAUAUCCAGGAAAAUUGGAUUGGCAUGGGCAAGGUCUCUGGAAGGUCACAAGAUAUGAACUGAGCUACUGGGAGUGUAGUGGGAGCUGCAACUUUGGUACCUUCAUCUCCACUACCAGUUUUCUUUGUGCCUGUACUGCAGGAGACUCCAAAAUCCCAGUAGUAUGUAACUGCAAACCAUGCUGUUUGCAUGCUGGUGUACGUAAUGAUCUGUUAAGGCCCCUGAAGUGCAAUAUUAGACCUACGGAAGCUUGAAUAAGGCGGAAGUAUGCUUAAUGUACGUUGGCAUACACACCUAUCUCAAACUUUAGGAGAACAUAUGAAACUUAGCAACAUCCAUAUUAAAACUAACAGGAGUGAUAGACCCUGGCU